AUGGUUCAUAAGAUCAAAGAUCUUAACCAACUGUUAGAUCAAGUUUCAAAGGAUAAAGACAAUUUUAGUUUGAAUAUUUCUGAGAGUAGUUAUAAUAAGAGUAGUUCAAAAUACAGAGAAACUCAUUCGCUUGUAGAUGUUUCUAUGUUUGUUGGAAGAGAAAAGGAUAAGUCAAGGCUAAUAGAUUUGUUGUUGGAUAGCUCAGCAAAUCAACAACUCUAUCGUAUUAUUCUUAUUGUUUCCAUGGGAGGAGUUGGUAAAACUGCACUUACUAAAAUCAUCUAUAGCGAUUAUGGUGUAAAGAAACAUUUUGAAAAACGAAUUUAG